AGAAGAAUGCGGUGUAGGAUUUUAUGUCGAGUCAAAAACAACAGGCUGUCCUUGCUUCACUGAAACAACUGCAUGUUUAUGAUUUUGUAGUUCGUGAUGUCAUGAGGGUGUUGGCUUUUAGGAAUUUCACUACUGAGGAGGCAGUUUAAAGUGCAGUCAGAAUUUUCAAGACCUGUGACUAUGUAGUUGGUUUCUUUUUUAGUUAGCUCUGAACAAAUGUACAGAUGGAUACACAGGCAUGUUUUUUUGGUAAGGAAUUAGCAUGUGGAAUAUGGAAGUGAUUUAAGUGGAUACGAUACCUGAAGGCAAUGUCGAGUCAGCCUGGAUUUUCAAACUCUGUUCCUCUACCAGGAUAUCCAUUCUACCAGGUAUCAUGCAGCCAUAAUCAGCAGACCACGUCUUUUAGACAUCCUGUAACAGGACAGGUUUCUCCAGAAAAUAUUGAAUUUAUUUUGCAAGAAGAGCAGAAUUCACCUAUGUCCAAGCAACAAAUAAACCAAAGACCUUCAAGUAUGGUUAGUGAAACAUCCACUGCAGUAACUGCAUCUACUGUUGAUACAAAGCCUACUCCUAAGGUUGUGAAGGCUGGAAACAAAGUGCAUAGCUUUGGAAAGAGGGAGCAGGCUAUCAGGAGGAAUCCCAAUGUUCCUGUUAUAGUAAGAGGCUGGUUACACAAACAGGACAGCUCUGGAAUGAGAUUAUGGAAGAGACGGUGGUUUGUGCUUGCUGAUUAUUGUUUGUUUUACUACAAAGACAGCAGAGAAGAAUCUGUUUUGGGUAGCAUACCGUUGCCUAGUUACGUAGUAUCUCCUGUUGGACCUGAAGAUCGCAUAAAUCGCAAAUUUUCUUUUAAGGCUGUUCACACAGGGAUGAGGGCAUAUAUUUAUAAUAAGAAUUCUGUUAUUGGCUCUCAGGCAGAGCAUUCAGGGAUGCGGACAUACUACUUCAGUGCAGAUACGCAAGAGGAUAUGAAUGGCUGGAUCCGGGCUAUGAAUCAAGCUGCCCUUAUGCAAACACACUCUUCACUGAAAAGAGAAACUGAAAAAGUGGAUCCGCAAGCUGUUCCCCAAGCCAAUCACGUGGAUGCCUGUAAAGAGCGUGUGAAGACAGAGAUUACAGAUUUAAAAGAAAGUUAUCAAAAAUCAGUGGAAACAUUUGGAUAUGGUAAGCGUGAAGAGAUAAGAAGAGAAGAAGAGGAGGAGGAGUGUUAUAUCCAUGGAAAAGAAACUCUGGAAGCUAAGAAAGGAAAGGCCAAGCAUGCAUUAACAGAAGCUGAUCCGUUAUAUCCAGAUUUAAUGAGUGCACCUCGGUCCCAAGUAGCUCAGCCUCAGCCAGUUGAGAAGAAUGGAACGCUCCCUGGCUCAUUAAAUAAGAGCGCUGGUCUAGUGGAGCAGAAUGGUACCAGCUCAUAUAAAAGAGGGUUUGUUCCCAGAACAAAUCCAGAUAAACAGAUUCAAAGAAAAAGUAACAUGGCUCAAGUGGAGCACUGGGUAAAAGUCCAAAAAGGAGAUACAAAGAGCCUCACUUCAGAUCAGACUCUUACACGUCAGGGUCCCCAUCCGUCUCUGUCUCUUCCUGAAAACUAUCACACCUUGCCAAAGAACACCAGGCAGCCUUCAGGGAGUUCACCACCGCCACCAAACCGCAAUUUGCCGAGUGACUACAAAUACGCCCAAGACCGCGUUAGCCACUUGAAGAUGUCACAGGAGGAAAGAAAAGCAAAUAAGGAUGGAACUGUUUGGCAGCUGUAUGAGUGGCAACAGAGACAGCAAUUUAAACAUGGCAGCCCCACUGCCCCACUUUAUGUAGGCUUUUCAGACUUUGUUGAUCGUGGAAAGUCAAAAAGUUCAUUGGAUGUUCCACGAUCAAUAUCUGUUCCACCAUCUCCAUCUGAUAUUCCUCCGCCUGGACCCCCAAAAAGCUUUCCUCUAAGGAGACCACACACUCCUGCAGAGAGGCUCACAGUUAAACCAUCGGACGAGAGACAAACCGUAGAAAUUCCUUUUGCUGGAUCACCCAGGAAGAUUCGAAAUCAAGCUAUAAAGAGCUCAACCCACGCUGAUCGACGCUCUAUGCCAGCUAUGGGCUACAUGACCCAUACUGUAAGCGCACCCAGUUUGCAUGGCAAGUCGGCUGAUGACACUUACAUCCAGUUGAAAAAGGAUUUGGAGUAUCUGGAUCUAAAGAUAGAAAAUAAUGGACCUCUGAUCAACAUGAUUUACAAAGUGCUAAAGAACUCAGCACAAGGGUUACUAUCCAGUAUACAUGUGACGGGACGUGAGACGUUGAAAGAACGAAGUACAAAACCUGUCAAGAUCGCAGAAAGCGAUAUUGAUGUCAAGUUAAGUGUUUUCUGUGAGCAGGACAGAAUUCUGCAGGACUUGGAAGACAAAAUAAGAGCCCUGAAGGAAAAUAAAGAUCAGCUGGAGUCUGUUUUGGAGGUUUUACACAGGCAGAUGGAACAGUACAGAGACCAACCACAACAUGCAGAAAAGAUUUCUUACCAGCAGAGACUUUUGCAAGAGGAUCUCAUACAUAUUCGGGCUGAAAUAUCCAAAGUUUCAACUGAAAUGGAAAUUGCCUGGAAUGAAUAUCUGAAAUUAGAAAAGGAUGUGAACCAGCUGAAGCGAGCCUUACAGGAGCAGAUGAACAGUUCACUUGUAUCUCAGGAGAAAACACAAAUACAAAAAGACUUAUGGAGAAUUGAAGAUGUUACAGCUGGCUUGAGUGCAAGUAAAACUAACUACAAAACCAUAGUAGAAUCAAUCAAGAAUCCAGAGAGAAAAACAGUGCCUUCAUUUUCUCAGUCUACAGUGCCUUCUUUACCAACUUCUCUGAAAUCCGUGGAGAACAAACUUUCCAUUCCACAAAGUCCUCCAUCUAGUCCCAUUAAAUCCUCUUUGGAAGUUAGGCUGUAUCCACAGCCUUACUUCCAGGCUAGAACACAGCACCAAACACAGCAGCUGAAAAAGAUCGAGCCCCCUCUUCAGUCGCCAGUUAAGCUAACGCCAAAGGUUGAAGAUGAAGCACCACCCAGACCUCCUCUCCCUCAGCUGUACAGUCCUGAUGAUCAGCCACCAGCUGUUCCGCCUCUUCCGAGAGAAGCCACUGUCAUCAGACAUACAUCAGUGCGGGGACUGAAACGUCAGUCAGAUGAAAGAAAGAGAGACAGAGAACUAGGACAGUAUGUAAAUGGAGAUUAUAGGGUAGAACUGCGUUCGUACAUGAGUGAACCAGAGCUAGCAACGAUACAUGGUGACCUCAGCCAACCUUCCAGUGGUUUAAUAACCUCUGACGGUGGAUACCAGACAUUACCUACCCGUGGUUUAUCUGGAUCAACUUCCAGAUUGCACCAGUCAUCCACCAUUUCAUCUUAUGCAACACUUCGACGGGAUAGGUCCAAGGAGAGACCAAAGAGUGCCUUGGAACGUUUAUACUCUGGAGACCACCAAAGAGGCAAGAUGAGCGCAGAGGAACAACUAGAAAGAAUGAAACGACAUCAGAAAGCAUUAGUUCGUGAACGCAAGAGAACUCUUAGCCAAGGAGAAAGGCAGCCUGUUUCAUCUCGAUCUUUCAUCAGGCCCAUUUCUGCAGACCUAGGCUCAUGGAAACGAGAGCAAGAAUUUGAUUUGCAGUUACUUGAGAGGGUAAUUCGUGGAGAAGACAAGGAUGAAAACAACUGGUUAAAAAUUCAGCCAGUGGCAAUAACAGAGACAGACCUGGAGCCUCAAGAUUAUGAUUUAGAUAUCAGCAGAGAGUUGUCAAAACCUGAGAAGGUUGCAAUUCCAGAGCGCUAUGUUGAACUGGAGCCAGAAGAACCUCUUUCUACAGAAGAGCUGGCAGCAAGGCAACGUAAAGCAGAAAAGAUAAAGAAUAUUCUUACUAAAUCAAGCAUGCACAAUCUACAGCCUACUAUUGCCCAGGACAAACACAGCUCCGUUGAUCUAGAUUCACAGCUGCAAGAGCAGGAACGCAUCAUUACCAUAUCAUACACUCUGGCUUCUGAAGCCUCUCAGAGGAGCAAGGAGGUAGCAGCCAAAGCAGUAACUGAGCAUUGACAUAAGACUCAAAGUAAAACCCACCUAGCGACACCGCAUGGAAGAAAGAAGAGUUCAUUGCCAGCUUUCUGUGAAGAUACUCACCAACUGACCACAUGUCCUUUUGAAAAUAUAUUCUGAGAGUAAUAGGGGGAUUUUCUAUGAAAACUAAGCAAUUUGCAAAUCAUUUUAUUUUGACUUCAGUUUAGUUCAGACUUUUUAUAUGAAUAAAUGGCACUUUUAACAGACUCUAUAAGAUACUGACAAUGUAUUUUUAGAACAGAAUAUAUUUUAGAACUUUUUUAAAUCAGGGGCUGAAUUCAUUUUAAGAGGAACUACUUACAUAAAUGUUACAAGAUGCUGUUACUUCCCCCUCAGGCUUAGAUGCACAAUGUAAGGUUUCAUGAAGAAACGUAAAUUGAACAAUCCUAGAAGCACAUUCAAAGCGUAUUAUCGAUAAUGCGAACUCAGUUGAGAGGUUUACUGAAAGAGAGUUUUGGAAUGGAUAUUUUCUAGAGCUAAUCACUCACUCUAUUGCCCGUUAAACAAUGCGUUGCAAGGAAUUAGCUUGGGUUUCUAAAUGCCACUAAUCACUCUAUAGCUGAAAUUGUCUACGAAAGGCAUGAUAAGACUCAGUUUUAACUCCAAUUUUCUUUUUGAUCCCAUAUGACUAACUUGCCGUUAUCAACAUACAGUAUGUUAUGUUGCUCUUGACAGUAAUGUUGUCCCCUCGGUAACAAACAGCUGACAUCAUAUUUUUUCAUGAGUUGAGAUGUGGAAGAAAAAGAAACUUUUAAUUAAAAUAUGUGCAGUAAGCAAUAAAAUUUAAUAGCAUGUGUCAUUUUACUAGUAAGUGUAUAUUUUUCUUCUGAUUUUUUUUUUUUCAGUAAGCAAUAAAGUAUGAUGUAUUAACUAGUAUUUAUCCUGGAAACAGCAAAGCUAAUGUAAUAUGGCACCUGCUAAUUUUGUGUGUAGAUUCUGUGGUGCUCAGCUUUGCCAGACUUUCAAAUUCAGUGUUUUACUUAUGUAUAGGGCAAAGAGUGAGGUGGUUACAUAGGGAGAAAAUGAGAUUAAAUGAAUUGCUGCGACUCCUUUACUUGAAAAACUGUGUACACACUGAAUGCAAGAAAUUGCCCAAUAUCAUGCAAUUAUUAGUUGAGUUCAGCUCUGAAUAAGAAUGACUGAGAAAUACUUCUGCAGUAUUUUGGGAAACCACUACCGUGUUUAUUUGCUGUAUUCAAGUAAUAGUUGCAAACCCUUGAAAUUGAUUGACUUUCAAGUUUCAGACUGUAAGACAAAUCAUAUUCUGUUAACACUAUACUCAGAAAUAUCCUUAAAGUAUGUAUUUAGCUAAUGCAAUCUAUUUUACCUCAAUACUGCCAGUAUCAACUUCAAAACAUUUUGCCAAAAUAAUGAUUUAUUUUUGCCUUUAUAAAAAGUUUUGAAAAAUAAAUAUUUUGCAAGAAAACAUUAAUUUAAAUAAAAUGUAACAGUUUGGAAAAUGGUAUAUGUACAGAUUAAAAUAUUAACAGAACUGCCUCCUUUUGCCUGUCUUGUCUGCUCUCUAAUCAGUAUCCAUAUAGUUUAAAAUUCCUGCGUUGUUUGUGCUGUUCUAGCAUUUUGUUCUUCUUUGGUUCAAAUCCCUUUGAAGUUCCUGAGUUUUGCACUGAUUGCAGUAG